AUGUACGCUGUGCUGGGCACUGCAGACACAGCGAACCUGGAGAACGAUGAGGAAGGAGCCCAGGUGUCUCCGGAGCCAGAUGGGGGAGUCAACACCAGGGAUUCUGGCCGAACAUCCUCCGUCCGCAGCUCCCAGUGGUCCUUCAGUACCAUCAGCAACAGCACCCAGCGCUCCUACAACGCCUGCUGCAGCUGGACUCAGCACCCUUUGAUCCAGAAGAACCGCAAGGUAGUGCUGGCCGCCUUCCUGCUGCUGCUGCUGGGGUUGGUGCUGAUCCUGGUCGGCGUGGGACUGGAGGUGGCCCCCUCACCAGGUGUCUCCAGCGCCAUCUUCUUCGUGCCAGGCUUCCUGUUGCUGGUCCCUGGAGGCUCUGGCUGCUUGGGGACCCAGACUACAACUGCAGUGUGAGCAGCUGCAGCAGAAUAUGUGCUCCUCAGCCUCAAAUCUUGACUAUCCAGCCCUUUACAGAAAACAUAUGCCAACCCUGGAGCUGAAGUAUGGUAGCAAUCAUCUCAGCAAUGGAGAAAGCAUCCUCAGGUGAGGAUCAACAACAACAACACUGAAGCCUCCUCCCCUCCCGCCUUCCAUUUUGCUUUGUCUAUUGUUUCAGUCCCUUCUUGUUUUUAAAUCCCCCAAAUAAAAUGUGUAAAGCAAAUGCUUCUUUAAACCCA